AUGUCUUCGCCCGAGUUUGCUUGCAUCCGCUUUGAUGGGAAAACCAAGAUCAUCGCGCGGAAUCUCCUAACGAAAGAGCAAAAAAGAGCUCUAGACUCCAGUCCAUACGGUGUCCUCGCCGUCGACCACGAUCCGUCUGCUCUCCCAGUUGAUGUCGAACCUGAAAGAAAAACCAUUCAAACUCAAACUGAGAUAAUUGUUGAGGACAGUUCAACUGGUGUGAAACCAGAAGAACUAGAGACAUUAUGUGAGAAAAAUCAACGAGCUCAAGAUGAGGUGGAUCGACAGCUAGGAGCAGCAAUCAGAGAUCUAAAAGCAUUCUAUUAUGAUGUUGAAUUGGGAAAAGGAAAAAAGAGUAAAGAAGUGACGGAAACUGUAUCGUUAGUGGAUCAGUUGUCAAGAUUCAAAGUUCAACUGGGGAAACUCGCCACAGGAACAUUCUUCGAUUCUCCUGUUACACUCGCUUCCAAACUUCUGAAUCUGCACAAACGGACGGUAGAAAGAAGAAUGAUUGAAGGAAGGAAGGAUACAAGAGAGAAAGAUGUAAAAGUUAAGGAAGACCCGAAGAAAAGAGUUUUGCAGCUGAUCACACCACAACAGGAGAAAGAAAUUUUUGAUCAUGUGCAAGACUGCUUCCGCACGGACAGCAACUUCACGCUCUCUUCUCUUCUCUCGGAUUUAAAGGAGAAAUACAAUUUUGAGUGGGAGAGAACCACUUUGUAUAGACUCCUGAAAGCAAUGAAUCUGUCGUAUAAGAUUAAAACAUUUAAUCCUAUGGCAUCAUCACGGGAAGAAAUUGUUAUGUGGCGGGCGCGGUAUUUGAGGGAUAUUCUUAAGUACCGAGAAUCUGGCGCGUUCAUUACGUACUUCGACGAAACCUGGAUUUUUCAUGGGAUGACGAAACGAAAAGGAUGGGUGAUGAAGCAAAAGAAUGCCUAUGAAUUAGCCAAGAUGGGAGAUCUGAAGAGCCCGUACCCAGGUUUCAGAGCCGCCAGCGACAAAGGAAUCAGAGCUGUCGUACUCGCCGUCCUGACCGAAUCAGGAAUCUUACAUGAAUCCAUCGACGUGGUCACAUCCAAACGUCCUGUUUCGGAGCAGCUUGUGGAUUACCACAAAAACAUGAAUGCUCAAUCCUACCAGCAGUACAUGGAGAGAGUACUUCCUGCAAUCGCAGCAGCAGCCCCUCCAGGAAGACAGCCGAUAUUGGUUAUUGACAACGCGUCAAUCCAUAACACCCCGACUCUAAAGAUUCCCGUUGCUACAUCUACCAAGCCAGUUAUUACUGAGUUUUUAGAUAGUCAGGGCAUUGCGGUGGACCCCAAGUCUACGCAAGCAGAGCUAUGGGGUGAAGCGGAGCGGUUCAUGAGCGCAAAUGGCGGCAGGGUCGUCAUGAAGAAAUACGCAGUGGAUGAGAUGGCCAAGGAGUAUGGAGUGAUAAUCAUUCGUCUGGCCCCAUAUCAUUGCUGCCUCAAUCCCAUCGAGUUGGUCUGGGGCCAGAUGAAGGGACACUUAAAGCAGAAGGGAAAGACAACAGAUAAGAUUGAAGUUGUCCGACAGCGCGCCAUUGAUUUCCUCAAAAACCUUUCCGAAGCAACAGCGGCGAACACCAUCGCUCAUGCUAUCGAUGUGGAAUCAGAUUUGAGGGUUAUCAUGGAGGCUGCUUCAAGGGAAGACGAUUCGGAUGACUCCGAUUAUGAAGGAUAUGAAGGAGAAGAACAUUGUGAAAGAGAGGAGGUUGAGGAAAGAGAGGAGGUUGAGGGAAGAGAGGAGAUCGAUGAAAUGGGGAGAAGAAACAGAGGAAGGGGACAGUAUGACGGGGAAACGAGACGAGAGAGAUCAGAGGAAAAUAUGGAAUGGGAUGAUAUGUAA